AUGGCCAAAUCUUUGGGUGAAGAAAAGGUUAGACACAUACCUCAAGAUCUUGCAUCAUUAGUUUUGUCAAAACUUCCUUUAAAAUCUUUAAAGCGUUUUGAAUGUGCACACAAAACAUGGUCUCUCUUAUUUGAAAACCAUGUUUUCAUCACCAUGUUCAGGGAUAAUUUCACAUCUAUUUCUCACUCCUACUAUGAUGAUACAUCACUCAUCAUACAACAGCUUGUCCAUAAAGGUCGCAGCACUGUGUCCAUUUUGCAUUUACUGUCUAGUCAGAGCUUUGAGAAUAGACUAAAAUUGGACUUGCCAACUCCACUACAAACGGAGCACCCUAUGUUUUAUAUUUUGUAUUCUAGCACUAUUAACGGAACACUUUGCCUUUCCAAAGGCGAUAAAACAUUUGUAUUGUGGAAUCCAACAACAGAUGAAGUCAAUGUCAUUCCUCCCAGUCCUAGGGAUUCUGUGUCACCUGACAGCGCUAUGAUUUCUUUUCAUGGAUUUGGUUAUAACCGUGUUAGAGAUGACUAUACGAUUAUUAAGUGUCUAAAUAAUCCUAAAGCAUGGGAGAUUUAUAGUCUAAGAUGUAACACUUGGAAAAAACUUGAUGUCAAUAUGCCUUCGCGGUCAUACUACAGAGAUCUAUUAAACACGAAUGAUGGAAUAUGUCAUUGGUUGUCUGAAACUGAUGAUCAACUUUGCUUGGUAUCAUUUGACCUCAGCAGCUAUGUAUUUUUAACAACAAGCACGCCCAUAAUAAUGAAUCAAAUAGAUUUUGAGGAUCCCAAUGAUUAUGGUAUGAUGGCACUAUUGGUGAUGUUAAAUGGGUCCAUCGCUUUGAUCUCUUGUUAUGUAGGCAAGACUACCUUUGACAUAUUAAUUUUAGGUGAACUUGGAGUGAGUGAAUCAUGGACUAAACUCUUCACUAUUGGACCUUUGCCCUCCUAUAUUGAGGAACCUAUUGGAGUAGGGAAGAAUGGUGAUAUAUUCUUCGAAAAAAUAAACGAUGGAAAAUUAGUCUGCUAUGAUUUAAGUACACACAUGUUUGAGGAAAUCAGUCUUGAAGAACCACCAUCAAAUAGAAUAACUUACAAGAAAAAGUGGUUUAUCGAAUUGGAUCACACAUUAGUUGGUUUUCUUGUUUUCAACUAA